AGUUUCCUGUCGGACAACGUUUUGUGUUGGACCAUAAACAUGGCGGCGCGCUGGAUGAGAACAUGACACUUUCUAUAGUACAGCUUGUAUUCUACAGAAAUAAAACGAAUCAUCUGGUAUUAGUGUCAGUGUCAUGGGUGUAGUGAGACAUGUGGUGUGUGCCAUGUCAGGCGGGGUGGACAGCUCUGUCGCUGCACUUUUACUCAAACGAAGAGGUUACCAGGUUACGGGAGUGUUCAUGAAGAACUGGGACUCUCUGGACGAGAGGGGAGUGUGCACCUCAGAGAGAGACUGUGAAGAUGCCUAUAAAGUAUGCCAAAUGCUGGAUAUACCCUUCCAUCAGGUCUCCUAUGUCAAAGAGUACUGGCAUGAAGUGUUUAGCAAUCUUCUUCGGGAGUACCAGAAAGGCAGGACACCAAAUCCAGACAUAAUGUGCAACAAACAUAUCAAAUUCAAGCACUUCUAUCAGUACGCAGUCAAUAAUUUAGUUGCUGAUGCCAUGGCAACCGGUCACUAUGCAAGAACAUCUCAGGAAGAUGAGGAGGUUUUCCAGCAGACACACAAACCAGCUCCAGAGUUUAUCUUCAGAGAUCGUUUUGAGAUCAGAAAUCCGGUGAGGCUGUACCAAGGUGCUGAUCGCUUUAAGGACCAAACCUUCUUCCUCAGCCAAAUCUCACAGGAUGCCCUGCGGCAGACCAUCUUCCCACUGGCUGGACUCACGAAAGAAUUUGUAAAGAAAAUGGCAGCCGAGGCAGGGUUUCAACACGUACUGAAGAAGAAAGAGAGCAUGGGGAUCUGCUUCAUUGGUGAGCGACAUUUUGAGGAUUUUAUCCUCCAGUAUUUAGAGCCGAAACCUGGACAUUUUGUCUCUAUUGAAGAUGGGAAGAUAAUGGGAACGCAUGAAGGUUGGUUCACGUUUACUUUAGGACAAAGAGCCCGGAUAGGAGGGCAAAAAGAUCCUUGGUUUGUGGUGGAUAAAGACAUCAUGACCUGUGAAAUAUUUAUUGGCCCUACUACCAACCAUCCUGCCCUGUUACGAGACACACUACAGACAGAUCGCUUCCACUGGAUAAGUGGAGAUCCUCCGGCUGAACUGAUGCACACACAGAUGAUGGAGUGUCACUUCAGGUUCAUCCAUCAGAUGCCUUUAACUCCCUGCUGUGUGACUCUGAAUCUGGAUGGAUCAGUCUGGAUCAUGACAAAGCAGCCACUGAGAGCACUGACCCCUGGACAGUUUGCAGUGUUGUAUAAGGGAGAUGAGUGUCUAGGCAGUGGGAAGAUUAUUCGACUUGGCCCCAGUGAGUACACCCUCCAGAGAGGCCGCAGUCAGCAGCCACUAGAGCCAGCCGGCUGAAACGAGCCAGAAACACGUACAUUCACACGCUACCUCUCAGUGCAUUCUCACCCACGUCUGAAGACCAGCACAAAUAAGUGGACUUUUGAAAUAUUUGUGGACAAAUUCAGUAUUUAUACAUGCUUCGAAAGAAUUGCAAAGAGCUUAAUAAUUUUAAAAUUGAUAAAAAUCUGAUGAUGGAAUCUAUCCAGAAUGCUACAUGCUAUAGUAUGCUGUGUAAUAUAUAUUACCCAGAGUGCUGUGUAAUAUCGCAUUCUACCCAGAAUGCUACAUGCUAUAGUAUGCCGUGUAAUAUAUAUUACCCAGAGUGCCGUGUAAUAUCACAUUCUACCCAGAAUGCUCCAUGCUAUAGUAUGCCGUGUAAUAUAUAUUACCCAGAGUGCCGUGUAAUAUCGCAUUCUACCCAGAAUGCUACAUGCUAUAGUAUGCUGUGUAAUAUAUAUUACCCAGAAUGCUGUGUAAUAUCGCAUUCUACUCAGAAUGCUACAUGCUAUAGUAUGCCGUGCAAUAUAUAUUACCCAGAAUGCCGUGUAAUAUCGCAUUCUACCCAGAAUGCUACACGCUAUAGUAUGCCAUGUAAUAUAUAUUACCCAAAGUGCCAUGUAAUAUCGCAUUCUACCCAGAAUGCUACAUGCUGUAGUAUGCCGUGUAAUAUAUAUUACCCAGAGUGCCGUGUAAUAUCGCAUUCUACCCAGAAUGCUACAUGCUAUAGUAUGCCGUGUAAUAUAUAUUACCCAGAGUGCCGUGUAAUAUCGCAUUCUACUCAGAAUGCUACAUGCUAUAGUAUGCCGUGCAAUAUAUAUUACCCAGAAUGCCGUGUAAUAUCGCAUUCUACCCAGAAUGCUCCAUGCUAUAGUAUGCCGUGUAAUAUAUACUACCCAGAGUGCCUUGUAAUAUCGCAUUCUACCCAGAAUGCUUCAUGCUAUAGUAUGCUGUGUAAUAUAUAUUACCCAGAAUGCCGUGUAAUAUCGCAUUCUACCCAGAAUGCUACAUGCUGUAGUAUGCUGUGUAAUUACAGAUUGUAAUUACACGGCAUUACAGAUUGAUGUAGCAUUCUGGGUAGAUUCCAUCAUCAGAUUUUUAUCAAU